GAUGGUCGAUUACUCGAUGUGCGGCAGGGGUGCAGCUCUGCCCGUUCGCUCAGCCCUGGAAAACCACGCCAGUCAUUUUUGUUUUGAUAAGGAUACGGAUACAAAAAGAGCGUGGCCUGGAAAAACUGCAGAAACGGCGGAGAAAGCGCCCCAAAACCGAGCGAAAACGGUGAAAACUGAUCGUUGGGUAGUGCGCGAAAAAGUGGCCGCGGAUUGAGCACCCCCAAACGCUACGUGGAAGCGUAAGCAGCGUGUGCAAGAAGAGGAGAAGAAGAAGCAGCAGCCCAGCAAAAGUACACAGAAGUGCAAACCAGACGGCUGAAAUAACAAAUCAAAGAAGGCCCCAAAGGGAGCGGCAGUGGAAGUAACUGCGGGGGCGGGGAAUGGCCGAGGGUCGUCGGUGGCCGCCAUUGUGUAACGCCGCCGAUGGGCAGACUCUAGAUCCGCGCUAGGAUCUUUCGAAUAUCAUGCAUCUGAACCAUGCGACAGCCGCCACGGCAGCCAUGGCCAACUAUCAGCACUACCAACUGCCAGCCUCUCAUGGCGGUGGUGGCGGAGGAGGAGGUGGCGGUGGAGGAGGGAGCAAUGGUGGAUCUGGGCCCGGUCCCAAUUCUGGACAGCAGCAGCCCACCACACUGGCCAGCCUCCAACAGAGUCCCUUUGCCCUGCACCAACUUACCGCCGUGCAGGCCAUCCAGCACCCCACCCACCAAGCCAUGCUCCAUCCACAGCACCCGCUGGUCCAUUUGCUGGACAUAUCCACCACCACAGCGAACAGUGGCGGUGGAGGCGGGGGCAGCCACACGCCCAUUUCGCCCAUGAAACAGGAGGUGCAGAGCGUCAUUAGCGAGGAGGAGGUGGUGGUAGACGAUCCGCGCAAGAAGAAACAGUGCCACGUGUGCAAGAACAAGUUCCGGCAGCUGACCACGUUACGCAACCACAUGAAGAUCCACACGGACGAGCGGCCCUACAAGUGCAAACACUGCGACAAGGCCUUCCGCCAGAUCUCGACGCUGACCAACCACGUAAAAAUCCAUACCGGAGAGAAGCCGUUCACCUGCAACAUCUGCGCUAAGGACUUUCGCCAGCAGAGCACCUUGAUCAAUCACAUCAAGACGCACAAGGCGGCGGAGUCCAGCACGCCAACUUCCCUAUUGAACUAUCAACCGCAGACUGGCAGCGGAAAACACCGGAAGUCCCAGAUGCACCAGGCCUACCAGCAGCAGCAUCAGCGCGUCCAAAUCUCAAAGACCUUGUACUCCGGCAGCUACAGCUCGCCGGCGGCCGAGGAGCUGGUGAAGCCGUUCCAGUGCAGCGUUUGCAAGCGCCGCUUUCCGCAGCUGAGCACGCUGCACAACCACGAGCGGACCCACAUCGAUCCUAAGCCGUACAAGUGCGAAACGUGCGACAAGUCCUUUAGCCAGCUGGCAACGCUGGCCAACCACAAGAAGAUCCACACGGGCGACAAGCCGUACACGUGUUCCUACUGCCACAUGCAGUUCCGCCAGCAGAGCACCCUUACCAACCACUUAAAGACGCACACGCAUCAGAUCGCACCUGGAGGCGCCGGUGGAGUAGGAGGCGGCGGAGGCGCCGUCACAGCCACAGUGGAUCACUCAAUGCCCGCUCCUCUGGCACCCGGGACGCAGCAGCUAACCAGUGGGCUGUUGCCGAACAACCUGCACGGCAGCACGGCGAACAUCAUCCAGCUGGACCACCAUCCGCUACUGCAUUUCCUCGACGGCAGCACCACGGUCAGCUCGGUCAGCACGGCGGCGGCCAACACCAAGGUGGAGCAUUUCCAAACGGGCGGUUCGCCGUCGGGGCGGAUGACCGUGGUGGGCACCAUCAACAUGCUGAAGGGCGACAAUCCCGACCGACCGUUCGGCUGCAGCGUUUGCCAGCGGUUCUUCUCGCAGCAGAGCACCUUGGUCAAUCACAUCAAGACGCACACCGGAGAGAAGCCGUACAAGUGCAAGAUCUGCGAGGUCAACUUCCGCCAGGUGGCCACGCUCAACAACCACAUGAAGAUCCAUACCGGCGAAAAGCCCUACAACUGUUCCUACUGCCCCAAACAGUUCCGGCAAAAGAGCACGCUGCAAAACCACCUGCGGGUGCACACCUGCUAGACCCACGUCAGAUCCAGAUCGCAACGCGAUCCAGGUCCGCAACCAGCCAGCCAGUCAAGCAGCCAUUGAGGAAUAGUGCAAUAUGCAUGCCACAUAGCACAUACACUUAUAGAUCGCAUAUACGGCAUACGAAUACGAUUACAUGAAUACUAUAUUUGAAUAUAUACUCGAAAGUGUUAUUUACCUGCUGUGCAGAGCGCAAUUGUAUGUAACUAUAUCGUAGAGAGCUGAUCCACAUGCGUGUCCAAUUGUAAAUUAAGGCUAGCCGUAUUGGCAUAAGCCACACAUGAUAUGAUACAGGGUGUUUAAGCCUAAACUCUUUACUAUCCUAAGAUGGUUCGAUUUGAGUCGGUGUGUUAAAGGUAUUUUAAGGCACGUCAAAGCCAUUUAGUCUAAGACUUUUUAUUAUCUUUUUAAACCCAUUAAUUUCUUGUUUUCUUAAGCUUUGUAAAUGAAACAUUGGCACCCGCUUAAGUUGGGUUGCUGUUUUUAAAUAGCAAGCAAAAUUACUACAUUGCACAAAUUAACAAACUUUUAUAUUUCCUUUACAAGGAACAUCUAACUUAAAGAAAGAUUGAUAUUGUUUAAAACUGGUAUAAUUCAAGUUAUAAUAUUUGUUUAAAGGCCAAAUGGUCAAGUGUUAUUAAGAUUUCUUUAGCACCGAAGCUUCAUUAGAACUCAAAUCGAUCCACUCUACAGCUAUCCUCCUUCGCAACUGUUGUCAUCCAUGCCCCCAGUUCCCCCGACCCCUACCAAUUAGUUCCGAGUAUCGGCUUCACUCAGCUUUUCUCGUCGUGUUAAAUGUUAAGCCCGCCAGCAAAGUAAAGUAAAUUAAUUAAAAGUAAAACUAGUUAUUGCUAUACUAUGUGUAAUCCCGCCCGCUCUAAACCUACAUAACGCGUCAUCGCAACCGAACCGAACGGAAAUCGAAAACAGCAACUAUAUAUAAGUGUACUCUUAGCGCAUAUUUAGCAGCAUCUUCUACUCACAUGACUAGACGCGGAGCAAAGGCGAUCGCAUAAAUAAUCAAUAAUACAUUUAAUGAACGAAAGAAUGAAAACCGAGUUGCUUAUAGAACAAAAACUUAGAAAACAGAGAGACAAGAGUCCCUAAAUUAAGUGAAUCGAUGAGGAGAAAAAAGUAAAGCGAGUAAAACCAGAUAUAAUUGAAUUGAUACAGAUCGAUCGUAAAUGUUGUAGAGAAUAUAUAGUAUAUAUAAAUAUAUAUAAACUACUUGUAAAUGUAAGCGAAGCGAAGAGCUAAAACAACAAUAAAACAUGCAAAACAGAAACUGUAA